GAGACAUGAAUGCAUUCAGCCCUCGCCCGAGAGUACACAUCUCACCCUGACCGAAAUGGCGUGAUCCUGAUCGUUCUUGGUCGUAGUAACUCCCUUAAUUGACCACACCGCUGACGACUUCGCAUUCUUACAUAAUCUCCCUCUCAACCAUCACCACCAACGAAAUAGAUACCUGUGCCAGCCUACGCUUCCGAUCAGUGAUCGUUCUCCGUCCACGAGUCUCUCAGCCGCAGCACUUAUUCCCUAACUGUCUUUCCAUCAUUGAAUGUAAACUUGAAGCUGGUGGUGAUCAUGUCAUAAUUCAGUUUAGGGUGGGUCCCAACCGGCUUUCAUGGUGUCAUUGUCUCCUUCCUGCCUGCCAGAGUGUUCAGUUGCGCGACGCCCAGUGAUCCAGCAACAGGUCCAAAGAUCGGCGACCAUCCAUCCCUUUCUUGGAUAAGCGCCUUGGUGUACUUCGACCCUUUCGCUUUAUCUCCUCCAAUCCCGACGACAAGUAAACGAGAAGUGUGGGCUGCUUAUACAUUUAUAAGCGUUCUCAGACUGUGAAUUCACUCGACGACAGAGAAGCACUUCCCCAAAAUGGCUCCCAAAGAACUCUCCGAUGACGAGCUUCUCAAGAUUGUGAAUGAGGCUUGGGAUGAAGCCUGGGAGAUUGUCAAUUCCGAGGAUGGAUGGAAAGAGGAAAAGAAGAGUGAACAAGGGGACGUGGUCGUGUCCAAGAAGAAUAAGAAAGGCAAGAAGAUCUAUCGAGUCAAGGCUAAGAUGGAGAUUGCCCCCGCCAAGUUGAUUGAACACCUCAAAGACACCGAGAAGAUGUGCGAGUGGAACACCACACUCACGGAGCAUAAACUUUUGCGGAAAUUGAACGACAAAGUUGCCAUCUCGUACCAAGUGACGGCUGCCGGCGGACCCAACGGAGUCGUUUCCGCGCGAGACUUUAUCUUCAUCUUCAAGAACGAGUACAAAGGCGAUGCUUACGUCCAAGGCGGAUGCUCCGUGGACAUUCCCGGACCAAAGAGCUCCAAAGUGGUCAGGGCUUGGAAUGGACCUGGAGCCCAAAUUGUGAGGCCCAUCCCGGGCAAGGACAACGAAUGCGAGUUCAUUUGGCUGAUGGAUUGCGAAUACAAGGGCUGGAUCCCGUCCUCAAUCUUGGAUUUGGCCAUGCCCGUGGCUCAAUUGCAGUUUGUGGACUGCGUCAGAAAACUCGCCAAAGACAUCAAGGAGGGCAAGAAAUAGUAUGGAUGCGUGGUAACACCACUAUGACAUUCUGAAAUAAAACCAAAACUAUCCGUCAAUUCCGAUUGAUCAAGGAUUAUACUUUUGAAAAUGCC